GGGGGUUCCAUAAGUCAGGUUUGAAAAUAAGAACUCCCUCCCAAGUUUCCCGCCGCGCCGCUUAUCUUACACCAACUUCCGGUCCCACCCACAUUCUCGUGUCUCUUCCGGGUGACACAGCACAGACUUUAUUAUCCAGUGAGCCGUCGACAUCUGAACGCUGUAAACAAAAGUUUCUCCAGGGCUAAACUCUCCCAACACGCUACACGAAAAGACAUGCAUAUUAAAACAGGUACAUGGGAAGCUAGCAACCCUGUGUGUGAGUCCGACACUCUGUGCGAUCCAGCAGUCCUCGUCGCAGCCACAAACCCAGAGCCUCACAUUCGCAACCGUCGCCUGUCUCCUGGCUCUGGGAACUGCGGAGGAGGUGGAGGAGGUGGAGGCUGCAUCUCUGGAGGAAUAGACGAACCACUACCCCGGACCAUUUUACCCGAAGGCGACCUGAUCCGACCCGGCCACGUUCACACCUUCAGUAGAGACAAAGAGCACAAGAACCAGCAGCACAAAGGCCGAAGCCUCCGCAGAGAGAGCCAGAAGGGGGUAGGCCGAGCAGCGAAGGUCCACCAAAAGGAGCGGUGGGUCGAGGACAGUCUGUCGCUGCUCAAACCUCCGCCCGCCUUCCCGGUGCAGGACAGCCCCGCCAAGCUGCAGCCGGCCGUCAGCUACGCCUCCAAGGUGAAGGCGAGAGUGGCCAGCGGAGGGCUGGAGGAGGACCGCCCGGCCAUCGGCGUCCUGCUGCAGAACCAGUGGGGGCUCAGUUUCAUCAGCGAGGCGAAGCCGGCUGGAGAGAACCGACCCGCCGCCGGCUCCACAGACGCCCAACAGUCAGCAGACCCACAGACGCCCCCCGAAGAAACGCCCACAAUCGCUACCUCUGUUCCCCCCAACACACGCCCAGAAGAGGACGAGAGCAACGGGAAGCUGCUGCUCAGCUGUCGCCACCUAGUGGAAGCUCUGAACUAUCACAGUCGAGAAUGGAACGCUAUAUGUAACAAACAGAAAAAAGGUCUGAAAAAGGUCGUCUGGUACAAGGACCCCGAGGAGCACCCAGCCUAGCCGUGUGAAUAAAACCCAAAGCAUAUAUCAACACACACAUCACACACACAUGCACAUUAAAACAUGUAAAGAUGGACACAUUUACGAGUCCCGUUCACACACACUGCACUCAGGAUGAUGUCUUCACGCAAAGCCACACUGAGACACUUUGGACUAACUCUUGAGAGCUCACAGCGAUGGACUUUUUUAACGCCUUACAGAGAGCCUGCCUUAAAUAAUCAGAGCUGUUCACCCCCUCAUUACAUUUUUAGCUUGUGUGUGUGUGUGUAGAGCUGGUGUUUUUUAAAAACAAUCUUUUUCAAAAGCUGUAACUUAAUUUACCCCCCCCCCCCCAUCCUUUAUUUUUCCUUUUGAGAGCUGCCGUUUUAUCUCCUUGUUUUUGUCCUCUGUAAAGCGAGUGGUCAAUCAAGCACUUUGUUAAAAAUCAAUUGUGACCAAUCCCCUGUGUGCCCUCAGCAGGGCAAUUAGUGCCCCCCCUCUCCUUCCCCCUUUUACACACGGAAGAAUGUCUCGUACCUGUUUGGGAUCUCCGGUUCAUGUAUGCAGAGGAUGUCAUCAGUUUACAGGGGGGGUGUAGUCAGAGCACAGCGGAGUCCACCCCGUCAGAUCCUAAUGCUGUGUCCAUUUCUGUUUUUAUUUCGUUCCCUAACCGGGCCGAUGUUACUCCUGUAUCCAUGAGGGAUCUAACCAUGUUUUUUUUUCUUUUUGAAAAAAUAUAUUGAAUUAAAAAAAAGAUACACUGGAGAAGGAGGAAUGUACGUGAACAGUAUUGCUUAAUAAAAUGAAUAAACUUGA